CAAAGACGGACUUUGCUGUGGCUCAGCCCUGCAGAGAUGUCAACUCUCUGAUGGGUUGCUGGCUUUCGAAGAGUCCCCUCACAUCCUAGGCUUUGGGAUUGGGGCACUAGAUUGCUUUUUUUCUGAUGCCAAGCAGAAACAAAAUGAAGGGGUUUGCUCCUUCUGGAAGACUUGAGCAGCUCCGGGGAGCUGCUGCAGGCUCCCAGGUGGGACUGCUGGGGGCUUGGAGGCUCAGCAACCGCGUGGUGGAGGUGACACCAGGACCUGCUUGCUGGGACAGCUGGUUGGCUGCUCCAGCUGGGGGUGAGUCCGUCUGCUCCCCUGGCCGCAGGCAUUGCCCUGCAAAGGAGAGGGCAGCACGUGCAGUGCUUCCCAGGCCUGUCGGGCUGCGCCACGUUUGCUUACACGCGACUAUAAAGAGGAGGUGCAGAAGCUUUCUCUGCUCCUUCCAGCCUCAACCCUCAGCGCGGCCUUUGCUAUGGCUGGCCUGAAUGUCUCCAUUGCUUUUUUUUUCCUGGUUGUCGGGGUGUGCCAGGGGCUCAGGCGGCUUUCCAAGAGGCUUCUGUCUCCUGGAGCGUACGGCUGCCUGGCCAGAGAACUCGCUGGCUCGUUGCAGUUGUGCACGAGCUGCCUUGAGCUGAGGAUGCUGUUGGAGAUCGGCCCGUGGGGUGGUGGCUUUGGCCCAGACGUGGUCCUGACUCUGCUCUUCCUCCUCUUCGCUCUUCAUGGUGCCUCCUUUGAUGGAGCAUCCGCCAACCCGACCGUCUCUCUCCAGGAGUUCCUGCUCCUCGAGUCCAACCUCACCGCAACUGCUGCCAAGCUGCUGGCCCAGGCUGCGGGCGUGGGGACGGGCUGGGCUGUCACCAAGCUCUACUGGUCUUGGGAGCUGACGCAUUUCCACCUCAUCCAGAACCUGAUAGCGUCGGAGUGCAGCUCCUCCAUCCGCACGUCUCUGCACCAUGCUGCCUUUGUGGAAGGCACCUGCUCUUUCCUUUUCCACCUUGUCCUUUUCAAAUUGUGCCGGAGUCACCCAAUCUACCGGGUCCCUGCGCUGGCAGCGACUGUCACCUUCCUGACUUACAUAGCCGGACCAUUCACGGGAGCCUUCUUCAACCCUGCCCUGGCCGCGGUCGCCACCUUCCCCUGCUCAGGGAACAGCUUUUGGGACUACGUCCAGGUUUACUGGCUGGGGCCCUUCGCAGGGAUGCUCGCUGCCCUCCUGCUGUACCAAGGCAACAUCCCACGCCUCUUCCAGAAAAACCUCCUUUACAGCCAGAAGAGCAAAUACAAGAUACCCAAGGCAAGGGUGGGGGCGCACGUGGAGGAUAAUGAACCGUGUCGGAAGAGGAAAGGGCAGAAGAGCAGCGCCGAGCCUCGCGCCUGAGCCGCGGACGGGGGCUGAGGAGGUCCCGGCAGCCCCUCUCCUGGCAGCGGGUUUCCUGGUGCGGAGGAUUUUGCUGCUCAUCCCACCCAGCAUCCAUCCUACACAUUCGGUCCCUACCGCAGGGUGAGAUUUUUUUUUUUCUUUUUUUUUUUUUUUUUUUAACAGCAUCGCAAAGGAAUGGGCCAAGCUGGCCUUGCAGGACGUCUGAAUCCCUGAGCUCCUUUGGGAAUAGCUUUGAAAGUCACCCUGGAGAGCCCGAAAUGUUUCAAGCCUGCAUCGCUACCUCGGUGGGGGGGG